AUGGUGUCGUUGUGGAAAUGUGUUGUGCUUGCGCUUUGUUGUGUACCAUUUGCUGCACCGCAGGAAGCUGUGAGUACAGCCUGCGGGGUGGACUCGGUGGCUGUGAGGGUGUUGUUGGAUUACUUUCGACCGGCGUUGUCUCUGGACCCGAGUGGCCUCCUGCUGGGAACCUGCCCUCCAUCCAGCAGCAGUGCCGGUAAUAACAUGGUGGUGUUCCAGUACGGCCUGCUGGACUGCCGCUUUAUGCGUAUGGUUACUGCCAACCUUACCAGUUACAUGAAUGUGCUGACCUACAAGCCCAACCAGGGUGGCUUCUACCAGACUCCCUUCAAUCAGUCUAUUGUGCACCUAUACCAGGUACCUGCUGGCUGGACUUCUCCAGUGUAUAACCCUGCACUCGGUGAAGCCGCUGGGUUUGGGAAGCUGGAGAUUACCAUGGGGAUUGUGAAUGAUGACUUCUCAGCCCCACACACCUCCAGUCUGUUCUUCCUGGGGUCCCCCAUCAACAUCGCAGCUGCAGUGAAGCAGCAAUUCCACAUGUCGCUGAAGGUCUACAUGGAAGCGUGUGUUGCUGCAAGCACUCCAGAGCUGAGCCCUUCAAGCCAGACCUACCCACUCAUCACCAACCAUGGAUGCUUUGUAGACGGACAGACUGGUAACUCCAGGUUUCUGCCCCGCGUCCAGACCUCCGAGAUCCGUCUGGUUGUCCAGGCCUUCAAGUUUACACAAUGGAAUACAGAUGUCUACAUCCAUUGCCAGUUACUGGCCUGGGACCCUGCCCAGCUCAAUGACCCCACCAAGAAAGCCUGUUCAUUCAACCAGAGAACCAGGAGCUGGGAGCUCCUGGAUAACCAUGGUCGGAGCUCUGUGUGCAGCUGCUGUACCUCCAACUGCAAUCGGAGGAAGAGGAGGGACACGGCUGAGGAGGGGCUGAGACACACUGCAGUGCUGGGACCCCUGAGGAUCCUUCCUGAAGAGCUGUUUGCUGGAAGCCAGGAAUCCUACCAGAGGAGCCCUGCUCUGUCAAACGAGGAGCCCCAGCCUGCUCUGGCCUGGCUGGCUGCUCCCCUGCUCCUGAUGGCUCUCCUGGGAGCCCUGUCUCUGGGAUACUAA